AGGUCAAAGUCGAUUUAAAGUCGCACGCAUCUAGACGCGCUCUCUCUCGUCACGAUAAUUACAUAUUGUACGAAAAAUUCUUUAAUUAAAGCAGUGUUGUGCGGUAACAUUAAACGGAAUGAAGCAUGUGAAAUGCAAUUAUAUAGCGCAACGCGUAGAAUACUUUGAAUACAGGGGUCUUGCUUGCAUCGACGCGACAUCUAUAGGGAAACUUCCUUAUUCUGAAUUCUUCCUUAUUUUUCAAUGAGCUGUUUUUCUGUAAACUAAAAUUUUUUCGCGUGUUCUAUCGUAACUUGUCGCAGUACGAACAAUAUUUGCAAGAAAGUGUAAAUAAGAAGAAAUAAGAGUAUUGUGAAUUAGAUAUUUCGAAAUAUAUAUAUAUAUAUAUAUAUAUAUAUAUAUAUAUAUAUAUAGCUGAUACUUUUGCCGUGCCAAGUCGAUUUUUGUAGAGCACACUGCAAAAAUGUCGAAAAUAUUUACACCGACGAACCAAAUAAGAUUGACGAACGUUGCAGUCGUUCGCAUGAAAAAAGGUGGAAAGCGAUUCGAGAUUGCCUGUUAUAAGAAUAAGGUGAUAUCCUGGAGAAAUAAAUUGGAGAAAGACAUUGAUGAAGUACUGCAAACACACACAAUAUUCACCAACGUGUCAAAGGGUCAGGUGGCAAAGAAGCAAGAUCUUAUGAAAGCUUUUGGCAUUGAUGAUCAAACUGAAAUAUGCAAACAGAUUCUUGCAGAGGGUGAGCUUCAAGUCUCCGAUAAGGAAAGGCAUUCAGCAUUAGAUUCCAUGUUCAAAGACAUUGCCACGACAGUUGCCAGCAAGUGUAUAAAUCCAGAAACAAAACGUCCAUAUCCAGUUACAAUGAUCGAGAAUGCCAUGAGAGAUGAAAUACACUUUUCUGUUAAACCUAAUCGAAAUGCCAAACAACAGGCAUUAGAUGUAAUUUCUCAAUUGAAGGAGGUAAUGCCCUUGGAACGUGCUCAAAUGAGGCUCAGGAUUGUUAUCCCAGAAAAAGAAGCAAGGAAAUUGAAAGACAAAAUUGUUAAAUUUGUAACUAAAAUGGAAACAGAAGAGUGGGACAAUAGAUCAUUAACAAUUAUUUGCUUAAUUGAUCCAGGUCAAUAUAGAGGAAUAGAUGAAUUGGUACGAUCAGAAACAAAAGGUGCUGCUUUGUUGGAAUUAGUUAAUUUAAAUGAAGUAAUUGAAGGAGAAGAACUGUUAACAUAAAUAAGUUUUUGCUUAUUUUUAAUUAUACUGUUUUAACUAUAAAGUUUCAUAUUUAUUUAGUAUAAUUUAAUAUGUUGAUACAACUCUUUGUUAAUAACAAUAUGGUUAAUAAAGUA